CCUGAGCAGGACAAAUACAAUCUCACGUAGUAGCUGCCAUCAUCAUCAUCCAAUUAGUGUCACCUAUAUCGUCAUCUUCUUUUCUUAGGCAUUAUUUAUACACUGCAACUUUCAUUCUACCGUGAACUCAUCCAUUUCCUUACAAGAAACUAAAACCCAAUAUUGAAAACCAAAAAACACUUCCAUGGAUUUGGCUGAAGAUGUUGUCAUAGUAGGAGCUGGAAUUGCUGGACUUACUACUUCCUUAGGGCUUCAUAGGCUUGGAAUUAAAAGCUUAGUGCUGGAAUCCUCUGCCAAUUUGAGGGUCACUGGAUUUGCUUUCGGUGUAUGGACCAAUGCUUGGAAGGCAUUAGAUGCUGUUGGUAUUGGUGACAGUCUCCGGCAGCAGCAUGAGUGGAUUGAUGGAUUAGUUGCUACCACCCCAAUCACAGGCCAAAUGGGUGCACAAAUAUCCUUUAAGAGCAAGGGGAAGCAUGGAGACCAUGAGGUUCGUUGGGUGAAAAGGAAAUUGCUGUUGGAAGCACUUGCACAGGAGCUCCCACAAGGUACUAUAAGGUUCUCCUCCAAAGUGGUUUCUAUUGACGAAUCAGACUACUUCAAGCUGGUUUAUCUUAAUGAUGGUACUAUCAUCAAAACCAAGGUGUUAAUUGGAUGCGAUGGGGUGAACUCAGUGGUAGCGAAAUGGCUUGGUUUCAAAACUCCAGUUUUUACAAACCGAUUAGCCAUAAGGGGAUAUGCAAAUUUUAACUUGCGCCAUGGCUACAGUAGUAAGUUUUUCCAGUUCUUUGGUAAUGGUUUCCGUUCAGGUCUUGCCCCUUGCGAUGAUAAGUCUAUAUAUUGGUUCUUCACUUGGACUCCCAAUACUCCAGAUGAAAAGCCAGAGGAGAACCCAACCAAGUUGAAGCAAUUUGCGCUAAACAAGCUUGAAAAUACAGCAUAUCAACACCAAAGGGCAGUAGUAGAAGCAACUGAGCCAAAUAAUAUUGUGGCUUCUCCUCUGAGAUAUAGACAUCCAUGGGAGUUGAUAUGGGGAAAUGUGAGCAAAGGCAAUGUUUGUGUGGCUGGAGAUGCUCUCCAUCCCAUGACACCAGAUUUAGCCCAAGGUGGCUGUGCUGCCUUGGAAGAUGGCGUGGUCUUAGCUAGGUGCCUUGCUGAGGCUUUGAAAAAACAAGUGAUUGUGGCAAAUGAAGACAUAGAUAAGGAAGAAUUUAAGAGGAUUGAAAUUGGGUUGAAAAAAUAUGCAUCACAGAGGAAAUGGAGAGGCUUUCAGCUCAUAACCACUGCUUAUUUGGUUGGGUUUAUACAACAAAGUGAUGGAAAAUUAAUGAACUUCUUGAGGGAUAGAAUUUUGGGUAAAUUUCUUGCUGGGUUGUUAUUGAAGUGUUCUGAUUUUGACUGUGGAAACCUCUUCAAUAUGUCUUGAUAUGACUCUUCUUUUCUUUAUUGGCGAAGGAGAAUUAGACUUCACAAGUUUAAAACUCUAAUAUAAAAAGAGUUCAAACUCUGUUAUAUGAUUACUCUAAUGUAAAAAGAGUUCAAGCUUUGUUGUAUGAAUAAGGAUGCAUUUACCAUUAAAUUAA